UUUGGGUCCUCAAUGUCGUGAAUGAGCUCCGCGCUAAUGUAAUGUUAGCGUGAUGGAGGGCGAUACUGAUAGCUGCAACACGUGCAGAGAGAUCGAUCCUCGGAUGAACGAAGUGUGCUCUUGGGACUUUUAAUUUCAUGGUAUAAGGUCGUAGAUCACCAUGAAGUUUCUGGUACUGAUACUCGUUGUUAUGGUUUGUGGGACUGGGGGCUAUGGAAGUCUUUCACAUCACAGUAACAAUCUGGUACAGAUGUUCUCCGACUAUCUCUCCGACAUGGAAACCAGACAGAUGAACAUGGCAUUGCACAAUAGGAAACGUGACGUGGGCAAUCCCACACCGGAGCAGCUGAGGAUAUGUACAGGCCGGAGAGACUGCGGAAGCGUUGUACAGAACUUCGGUUUUCUAUAUGAUGCAAAGAGUGCCAUCGAGAUAUGCAAUAGUAGUUAUGUUACAAAGGCGGCCGGGGUGAAAUGCUUCGACAGGUACCCCAGUUGUAAAUACCUCCGCGACAAGUUUAGUGUCUGCGAAAAAGAGGAAGUGGCAAGCAAGUUGGGAUGUGACCUUACAUGCGGGAAAUGUGAACCACUGCCAAAAUUUGGAAGCAAGAAAUCCUAAUCAUGUGACAAAACCUAAUCAAAUUAAAAGUAUUGGUCACA